AUGUCGUCUGCCUACGUAACUCCACCAUAUUCACAGCCCAUGCAGGCUGGCCCUACACAGUCGAUGGCCUCACAACCUGCUCCAAAGCCGCAACAACUCUCGCAAUCGCAGUCUCCCUUUUCCAUGGCGGCUCCUAUUCCCCAACAUCAGCCGCAGCAGUCUAAACCCUUCACCUUUGGUCAACCAACAUCACAUCCUCGACCAGAACUCCAACAACAACAGAAUCAACCGAGUUCGAGGCCACCGCCCCCAUCGUUCCCGUUCAAUACUCCCCAUGUUCAAUUUGCUACACCGCCGAAUCCACAAUUCCGACCACAACAAGUACCACAGCAGGUUGGAUUGGGAGGGUUUAAUUUUCCAAGGACAACUGGGCAGGCUGUUGGUGCUCCUGGCGAGGGACAGAGUGUGGGCUCUCAGGGUCAAAACAACUCCACGACGGAGCCAUCGAUUGGUCAUGGUGCACGUGGCGCUCGUGGGCACAAGAAGAAACUUUCGAUCAGCACCGCGACUGCAGCCCUCAAAUUGGCCGACAAUGACGAUUCUCCAGCCGUAGGAAGCGAGAAUAGCACGCCCGGGGGGUCAGUCUCAGCCACUUCCGCGACUGGAACAACGGCCUCGGCACCAGCAUCGGGUACAACAGCUACGAAGGGGAAGAAGAAGAAGCAGCAGAAGUUCUUCUGCGAGGGAUUUGAAGGAUGCAAUCUCAGCUUUACCCGCAGCGAGCACUUGCUCCGACACGUUCGUAAACACACCGGCGAACGACCAUUCCACUGCCAUUGCGGCAGGGCAUUUUCGCGAAUGGAUAAUCUGAGACAGCAUUCUACGACUGUUCACGCCGACGAGUACAUUCCUCCUGAUUCGCUUGCGGCCACUGGAGCUCGAUAUCCACGUAACAAGACCGAAAGGAAGCAGAGCAGCGGGCGGGCUAGGUCCUCCACGACGGGAUCCAUGCCUCCACCGCAAUCACCAGCACACCCCCCUGAUGCCAUGGCCGUGGAAUAUCCUCCUGAGGCUCAGGCCCAAGUGCCACAGGAAUCUCAGUCAGACGCUGGCAGACGUCGGGCCCGUCCACAUUCGUUGUUCAUUCCGUCCGAAGUAAGCAAGCAACGUAGGCCUUUGAUUUACCAAGGCUCAACGACGGAGUAUGCCGCUUCCUCACCUCUUACUACCCCGACAUCGACAACAUUUACAAAUAGUGCUCUUGGCCAAAGUCCCUUAACUAGCCCGUUAUUCCCGGCUAUUCCAGUGCCGCGAACAUCUUCUCCUUCCAACAAUUCCCCAGCCUCUUCAUGGCAAAACAGGAGACUUUCACAGCCACAGCAGGCCCAACCUCAACAGCAGCAGUCCCACGGUGUUGGAAAUGGCUUCCAGAUCCCACCCGUCCCACAAAGAGGAAAUGGUCCGAUGCUCCCCCCACUUCGCGACCUUGCACAAAUCCAACAACAGCAUCAACAACAGCAGCAGCAGCAGCAUCAACAGCAGCACCAUACCCACACCCCCACCGUCCAUGGCCCAGCACCUCCAACCCCGGUUGAGUCAGAAAUGGCUGAACCACCUACUCCCAGCCGGAAACGGUCUAGGAAGGAACCAGAGGAGGAUAACCGAAGACGGACAUGGCACCCUGGUACUUUCUCCGGGUUUGUACCGCCCAAGGAUGAGGAAAUGCCGACCUUACCGCCAGUUCAUACAUUGUUCAGCAGUAUCAACAGUAUUCCGACACCGGCUACAACUUUCAGCAGCCCGUCUCAUAGCAAUAGAAAUUCCUUUACAUUUCCACAGUCACCUUUACAGCAAAUGAGCCUGCCAUCCCACGAGCCGACAUUUGAUUCGAUUCCAACACCAUCUACGAGGAGGAGUUCAUUUAAUCAGAAUGAGAAUCCGCAAUUUUUGCAGGAAAGGAGCCAUUCGAUGUAUGGGAACCAGUCGGCGAUGCGAAAGACCCCGCCAUCCAGACUGAAGUUAGAGAGGCACUCCUGGGCCCCCAACCAUUUUAGCGGAUUGUCAGCAGAAACGUAUCCACCAACUACAAUGUCAUCUGCACAAGGCGGAUUCUUAGCACCGCCUGAGCGUCAUUACGAUGAUGGGCCGACGCCAACGAAAGCCGAAGCAUUCCCAAAGACGCCGAGGACAGCUAUUCCGGCGAAUGGCCCGACACGAUUGGUGUUCACUGGGCGUCAGGAUCGUCAGGGAAGUAGCGAUGACAGCGAUAAUAAUGAUGUGGUUAUUACCCCCGCAAGUUCAGUGGACACAGAUGGCGCACAGAAGCUUUCAUUGAAACAUGUUUUGGGAAUUGAAACUGAUGCACCAACUAAUGAACGCUUCAUGCCUUUCGGUUCACUCUCAUCUGCUGCAUUCCACGCUUCAAGCACAACCUUUGGAUCUUUUGGGUCACCGAAUAUGUCCCGUCCCCGAAGCAUUGGGACCCACCCACAACAUCUCCAACCAACUCAUCAACCUUCAAGCCGCCCACAUUCUGGGCAGUUUGGCGUCGACAGAAGUUCCUCGCACGGGAGCUUAGAUGUGCUCGCCGAAGCUGCCAGGAUCGAUACGGAUAUUCGAAGGCCAAGCUUGGACCAUCGAAUGGAUCUUUCCUAG